AAAUCACUCUCCCAAAUAGCUUUCUUCUCUUACCAUAAACUCUUAAACUCUCGCCAUCAGAUCUUUCUCUGAUUUCUUGGGUUCCAGGUGAGAAAAUAAAAAGCUAGAAAUGGAACAAUAUGAGAUUCUUGAGCAAAUUGGAAAAGGAUCUUUUGGGUCAGCUCUUUUAGUGAGACAUAAGCAUGAGAAGAAAAAAUAUGUAUUGAAAAAGAUCCGUCUUGCCCGGCAAACGCAGAGGACCAGACGGUCUGCGCAUCAAGAGAUGGAGCUCAUCUCGAAAAUGCGUCAUCCAUUUAUUGUGGAAUACAAAGAUUCUUGGGUGGAAAAGGCUUGCUAUGUGUGCAUCGUCAUAGGUUAUUGUGAAGGAGGGGACAUGGCACAAGCUAUCAAGAAAUCCAAUGGCGUGCAUUUUUCGGAAGAGAAACUGUGCAAGUGGCUUGUUCAGCUUCUGAUGGGCCUUGAGUACUUACACUCUAACCAUAUUCUUCAUCGUGAUGUCAAGUGUUCUAACAUAUUCUUGACCAAGGAGCAAGAUAUACGCCUUGGUGAUUUUGGUUUAGCCAAGAUUCUAACAUCCGACAAUCUUACUUCCUCCGUUGUCGGGACUCCCAGCUAUAUGUGCCCUGAGCUUCUAGCUGAUAUACCUUAUGGUUCUAAAUCUGACAUUUGGUCUUUAGGAUGCUGUAUAUAUGAAAUGGCUUAUCUUAAGCCGGCAUUUAAAGCUUUUGAUAUGCAAGCACUGAUUAAUAAGAUAAACAAGACGAUUGUGGCUCCGCUCCCUGCAAAAUAUUCUGGUUCAUUCCCAAGUCUUGUCAAAAGCAUGCUGCGAAAAAACCCAGAAGUUCGGCCAUCUGCCUCAGAUUUACUUAGACAUCCACAUCUUCAGCCUUAUGUUCUGGAUGUCAAACUCAGGCUCAAUAACCUGAGGCGCAAAACAUUACCGCCUCAAUGGCCAGAUUCUAAGAGGAUUAUGAAGAGAGCUCAUUUUUCUGAACCCGCUGUCACUUGUCCAGCCUUUGGAGAACGACAACAUAGUUCUCUAUGGAAUGACAGAGCUUUGAAUCCAGAAGCUGAAGAAGACACUGCAUCUUCUAUCAAAUGUAUAAGUCGCAGAAUUUCAGAUUUAUCAAUUGAGAGCAGCAGUAAAGGAACAGUGAUAUGUAAGCAAGUUGCUUCAAGUGCUUCUAAGGUCUCAAAGUAUCCUCUUGCAAAAUCUUCAGUGACAUCCAGAAGAAUCAUGGAAACUGGAAGGAGAUUCGAACACUUGCAUCCGGUUUCAGGUGGUGGUACUACCAGCAAGAUAAUUCCAUCAGCUCGCCGGACUUCUCUACCACUGAUGAAAAGGGCUACAAACCAAGAAGCUGCAGCUUACAACCGAACAGUUGGAAUCUUGCAGAAUGUGAAGUCUCCAGAAUAUUCCAUUAAUGAGCCACAAGUUGAUAAGAUUGCCAUUUUCCCAUUAGCUCCAUAUGAACAAGACAUCUUUUUUACUCCCAUGCAAAGGAAAACAUCGUCCAAAAGCUCCUCUGUCUCAGACCGCUCUGUAACAAAAGACAAAUGCACAGUUCAAACUUGUACGACGUGGCAGGGAAUCAAACUCAACAUGGUAGACAACAUAAGCGACGGGUCAUCAUCAUCUGAUCAGAAUGCAACUGCAGGUGCAUCAAGCCAGACCACAUCCUCUACUACAAGAAGAUGUCGGUUUGACCCAUCAUCGUAUCGUCAACGGGCUGAUGCUUUGGAAGGGUUGCUUGAGUUUAGUGCCAGAUUAUUACAAGAAGGGAGAUAUGAUGAACUCAACGUGUUGCUUAAGCCUUUUGGCCCUGGUAAGGUGUCUCCCAGAGAAACCGCGAUAUGGAUCGCAAAGAGCUUGAAGGAGAAUCGUGAAAAGUCGAAAACGGUAAAUCUAAAUGUUUCUAGAGAGAUACCACCUGUGGGUUUCCUCUGACAGGCUUCACUUUGUCUUAACGUUCGGUUUAGUUCGGUUUUAGCUAUAACAUGCUUUUGUAGAGUUGAUUUAGGUUUGAUGGCUGACACUUUUAAAAGAUGAGUAACAGUAUUAGUAUGUUGCGUUGGAUGGUCUUUGCUUGAGCCGAACCAGUAGCUUUGCAUAUGUAAUUUGUACACUUAAUAGUGUUGACACCUUUUAUGACUUGUAUUAAUAUAGACUUCAAAAAGUU